CCUGCAUCCCGAAUUCUGCUGACAUUCGAGAAAACGCGCAUCGUUUUUCCUCCCCCAAAACGUUAUUGUUUAACCAACUGCUAAAAAUACUUCAAUUGCGUUUUAAUAAACUGCAGUCGGUUCUGAACAGGCUGUGGUCAUGGCAGACCCCAAGUCUGUUUGCGUUUCGGUCGACGAGGUGGUCUCGAACGGGGCGGCUGCCCGACAGGAUCCCCUCUUCCAGGCACACUUGAAGAAAGUGGAGAACAAGGUGAUGGAGCCUCACCGCUUCUCUUACCUGCCCAAGCGACUUGCCGUCACCAUUGAGUUCAAGGACUUGUCGUACUCCGUCUCCGAGGGUCCGUGGUGGAGGAAAACAGGUUACAAGACUUUACUGAAGGGCAUCUCGGGCAAGUUUAGCAGCGGAGAGCUCAUCGCUAUCAUGGGUCCCUCGGGAGCUGGGAAGUCGACACUCAUGAAUAUUCUGGCUGGAUACAGAGAGACAGGAAUGAAAGGACAGGUCCUGAUUAAUGGACGGCCUCGGGAUCUGCGAUCCUUCCGCAAAGUGUCCUGUUACAUCAUGCAGGAUGACAUGUUGCUCCCCCACCUCACCGUUCAGGAAGCAAUGAUGGUCUCAGCAAACCUAAAACUCCAGGAGAAAGACGAAGGCCGGAGAGAAAUGGUGAAGGAGAUUCUCACUGCUCUUGGACUGCUGGAGUGUGCCAAUGUCCGGACAGGUAGCCUUUCUGGAGGUCAGCGCAAGCGUCUCGCCAUCGCCCUUGAGCUAGUGAACAACCCUCCUGUGAUGUUUUUUGACGAGCCCACCAGUGGCCUGGACAGUUCCUCAUGUUUCCAAGUUCUUUCCCAGAUGAAAUCGCUGGCCCAGGGUGGGAGGACUGUAAUCUGUACCAUACACCAGCCCAGUGCUAAACUCUUCGAGCUGUUUGACAAGCUGUAUGUCCUGAGCCAGGGGCAGUGCAUUUACCGUGGAAAUGUCUGCAGUCUCGUUCCAUAUCUCAAAGCGAUUGGCCUCCUUUGUCCCACUUACCACAACCCGGCCGACUUUGUGAUGGAGAUUGCGUCUGGCGAGCACGGAGAUCAGAACCCCAGGCUGGUGAAAGCCGUGCAGGAUGGGCUGUGCGAUGGCGACUGCAAGGCUCGAGGGAGCGAAGACAAGGAGCUAAACCACAUGCUGUGGCACCGGCCAUCCAUUGAGGAUCCAUCGCCAUCAGAAGGCUGCCACAGUUUCUCAGCUAGUUGCCUGACUCAGUUCUGUAUUCUCUUCAAAAGAACCUUCCUCAGCAUCAUGAGAGACUCGGUCCUGACUCACCUGCGCAUCACUUCACACAUUGGGAUCGGCUUGCUGAUUGGUUUGCUCUACCUGGGCAUCGGCAACGAGGCGAAGAAAGUGCUGAGCAACUCGGGCUUCCUCUUCUUCUCCAUGCUCUUCCUGAUGUUUGCAGCUCUGAUGCCGACGGUCCUCACUUUUCCUCUGGAGAUGGGAGUCUUUCUCCGGGAGCAUCUGAACUACUGGUACAGCCUAAAGGCCUACUAUAUGGCAAAGACGAUGGCUGAUGUUCCUUUCCAGGUGAUGUUCCCUGUGGCCUACUGCAGUAUCGUGUACUGGAUGACCUCUCAGCCCUGCGAUGCUCUCCGCUUUAUUCUCUUCGCUGCUCUGGGGACAAUGACGUCACUGGUGGCCCAGUCCUUGGGCCUCCUGAUUGGAGCAGCAUCCACAUCCCUUCAGGUGGCCACCUUUGUGGGUCCAGUCACUGCCAUCCCGGUACUGCUGUUCUCUGGAUUCUUUGUCAGCUUCGACACCAUCCCCAAAUACCUCCAGUGGAUGUCGUACAUAUCUUAUGUCAGAUACGGCUUUGAGGGUGUCAUCCUAUCCAUCUAUGGUCUAGAUCGCGAGGACCUUCACUGCGAGAAGGAUGAGACCUGCCACUUCCAGAAGUCAGAGGCCAUCUUGAAAGAGCUCGACGUGGAAAAUGCCAAGCUCUACCUUGAUUUCAUCGUCCUGGGAAUCUUCUUCGUCUCCCUCCGACUCAUUGCCUACUUUGUGUUACGGUAUAAGAUCCGGGCUGAGAGAUAAAGCCCGGCCACACAGUUGGUCAGUAAUGGUAGGCAGUUCUGUCUGUCUCACUGCCAUGACUUUGGAUCUCAGGCACGCUUUGCCACGGGAGUAGAAGGUAAAAUCUCUGGUGCUGAGCUCUGAGUGUGGGAUCUGGCAACUUGGUCAAAAAAAUUCACCUGGCUGACAAAGCUUCCCCGUCCAAAUGUUAAGAUGUCUUCAUCACAAGUCAGUUUUCCCCUCUGAAUGGGACAACCAUGCC